AUGAACGUUCCCAAGGGCCCCAGGAGGCUCAAGGGGCGCCCUGGUGGUCAGAACAAGUCCACAGACCAACAACGACCAGACACGCUUUACGUGAUCAACGACGACGACGGCAGUGUUAUGCGCUUUCCAGUCAACGAAAGGCGCAUGCGAUCGAUAUGUUCAAAAUGGCAAACCCUUCCAAGCUUCACAAACGGCUGCAAAAGACUUCGAAUUGAAGCUGUUAACUUUAAAGAUGAAAACGCAAAGGACGCCCUCAGAUCCAUCAUCGACAUUAUUCACAGACGGGACGGCAACCGCCGUCACUAUACAGACGCCAACCCUCGCCUCCUGUUCUACUCGGCACUAAUUCACGAAUCACUUGGAGCAUCCCAUAAUCUCACGUACCCUGGCGACAAGGAAUAUUACCUGUUCUUUCCGCCUAGGAGAAUCAAGCACAGUAUAUUCGAUCUUAUGCACGAGUCUAAGUAUUUGUAUCGCGUGCGAGACUGGUUAUUGCUAGCUGUGGUCGCUGACAGACUCAAACUCAACCCCAUCAUGGGGCUCAUCCACAACAGUCUGGCACUAUUCUGCAGAGCAGAUCGACUAGAUAUGCCACGUGAGUUGCGGCACGGCUCGAUGAAUGAUGUCGAAUGGGCGUUGAUAAAGGAACUGCGAUUAAUCGAUGAUCAAAUGUUGCAAACGCGACUGCAGUACGUUGAAAGGAUCUUCCACGCGUUGCGUCUUCUCUCCCACCAAGUCGAAAACAUGGACAAAGGUAUACUGCCUACUCAAGAGCAGUUCGAGGUUUACCAAGAGUACAGUGUGGCGCCGUGCUCAGAAUGUUACUCGAUCUCCUCAAAGGACUUCCAUCAAAGACUCCCAAAGGCAAGCCUUUGGCCUCUGUUUGACAACUCGUAUACGAUGUAUCAGGGCUCGGUCAUCGACGUGAUUCGCAAGAUUCGAGGCAUAGGAGAGGAUAUGGUUGACGAGGCAAAACGCCACAGACAGCGUGGGAGGUAUUGCAAUCAGCUCACGCAUCUUUAUCGAAAUACGAGAAAGCUUAGAAAGGAGCUCAUUUGCUAA